AUGGAGACUAAAAGAAAGGAUGAGGCUUCGAUUAUCCAAGAAUCAUCCCUUACUUGCAUUGAUCUCACAAACUCUGAUCUUCAUCAAUCAGCUCUUUUGCUCAAACAGGCAUGUUUGGAUUGUGGAUUUUUCUACGUUACAAAUCACGGUAUAAGUGAAGAAGUGAUGAACAAUGCUUUUAAGCAGAGCAAAAAGUUCUUCGCUCUUCCUUUGGAGGAGAAGAUGAAAGUGUUGAAAAACGAAAAGCACCGAGGCUAUACACCGUUAUAUGAUCAAAUCCCUGAUCCUAAGAAUCAAGUCCAAGGGGAUCAGAAAGAGGGUUAUUACAUUGGAACCGAAGUUCCCAGAGAUGAUCCUCAAUGGGAUCAGCCAUUCUAUGGCCCCAACCUUUGGCCUAAUCCUGAUGUUUUGCCUGGGUGGCGUGAGACCAUGGAGAAAUAUCAUCAAGAAGCAUUGUCGGAUAACUCUGUACAAAAGAUUCAGAACUCUGGUUCCAUAGGGAAGUCAGAUCCAUCAAAAGGAAUAUAUGGAACUGGAGCACAUUCUGAUUACGGAAUGAUAACUCUCUUAGCAACUGAUGGUGUUAUGGGACUCCAGAUAUGCAAGGAUAGGAACGUUAAGCCUCAGAAGUGGGAAUAUGUACCGUCGAUUGAAGGAGCAAUUGUCGUGAAUAUUGGUGAUAUGAUGGAGCGCUGGAGCAAUGGCCUUUUCAAGUAA